AUGAGUACGAAGUAUGAGCUCCCAUUCAAGCUAGCUGACCCUACGCUUCUGAAGUUCGAUUCCUUCAUCGGUGACAAGUGGGUUGGAUCAAAGAGCGGCAAGCGAUUCGAAGUUCUCGACCCCGGGACCGACAAGGCGUGGGCAAGCUGCCCGGCAAACACAUCCGAGGAUGUUCCAGCAGCUGUCGAAGCAGCACACUCUGCAUUCGAGUCUUUCCGCAAAGUAAACCCCCGACAGCGGGCCAAGUGGUUGCUGAAGUGGCACGAUCUCACUACGCAGGCCAGAGAUGAUCUUGCCCAGAUCGUGACCCACGAAACAGGCAAGCCGUUGGCAGAGGCAUAUGGAGAACUCGAUUACUCACUUGGUUUCCUAUGGUGGUUUGCCGGCGAGGCAGAGCGCGUUCACGGUACUGUAUCAUUGGCCGCCGCGCCCAAUCGCCGUAUUUUCACUGUGAAGCAGCCCAUCGGCGUGGCAGCUGCACUUGUUCCUUGGAAUUUCCCGGUCGCGAUGGUUCUACGUAAGGUUGGGGCUGCGAUGGCGGCUGGAUGUACAAUGGUUGUGAAACCGAGCCCCGAGACACCCAUCUCGGCACUUGUUCUGGCAGAGUUGGCGCUGCGAGCGGGCAUCCCAGCUGGUGUGUUUAAUGUUCUCACUACCGACCUGGAGAAUACGCCGUCGCUGAGUGAGGCCCUGUGUAAGCACCCACUCGUCAAGAAGGUGACCUUCACUGGUUCGACGCGCGUUGGCAAACUGGUUGCAUCGCACUGUGCCCACGGUCUUAAGAAAGUGACUCUCGAGUUGGGCGGGAACUGUCCUUUUAUCGUUUUUGACGAUGCAAACCUUGACCAGGCGCUGGAGCAGCUUAUGACUCUCAAGUGGCGCCAUGCGGGUCAAGCGUGUAUCACAGCUAACCGCAUCUACGUCCAAGCGGGGAUUUACGAUCGCUUCGCUGCACUUCUCACGGAGCGGACCGCUGCCCUGGUCGUGGGGCAUGGAUCUGCCAAGGACACCACGAUGGGUCCGUUGACCACACCUCGCAGCAUUGAUAAGGCCAUCGCGCAAGUUGAGGAUGCGCGUAACCUUGGCGCGAAGAUUCUGCUUGGCGGAAAGCCUCACAGCUCACAGCCCGGAUAUUUCUUCGAGCCGACCAUCCUUUCUGGGAUGACGAAAGACAUGCUUAUCUCGCAUGAGGAAUCAUUUGCACCUAUUGCGGCGCUCUAUCGGUUCGAAACCGAGGACGAGGCGGUAAAGAUGGCGAAUGCCACUAGCAUGGGAUUGGCGAGCUAUGCAUUUACGAAGAACAUCGACCGCAUGUGGCGUUUGCUGGAGAAUCUCGAGGCGGGCAUGAUUGGAAUGAAUACCGGUAACCAAUCAGCAGCUGAAUCGCCGUUUGGCGGCAUGAAGGAAUCGGGCUAUGGUAAGGAGAGUGGAAAAGAUGUUGCGGUGCAGGAGUACCUGAUCACGAAAACGGGAACCUUGACGAUCGAGGGGCAGUAUUAA